AUGGAUCCACUGCAGCCGCAACCUCUGUCUUGCGUUGCGGAGUUUACCACUUCGGCUACUGCUUUUCUCGGAGUUGGGACGUUUAUCAUGGUUCUGCUGACCUUAUUCAAAUUGAUAAACAAUUCGGAACUCAAAUAUCGGUUGCAUUAUGGUUCUGACCCUCCCCGAAUUUGCUGCGCUCCGCUGCCUCACGCCAAACCUGGACUUUCGUGGGAUCCAUGA